AUGGCUUCGCCACCCAAACCUUGGGAGCGCGCUGGCGCGACAGCAUCUGCAAACACUGCUGCAUCAGCAACGACACCGACUCAGAAUGCCAUCAACACACCUUUGUCAACAACCGGUUCGCCUUCUACUCCGAGCAUGCCGGCAAUUCCUCCCCGCCCGGAUUCUCUGAACUCAGCUGUGAACCAGAACGCGUCGGCCUACAGUCGGGCGCCAUAUAAUGCUGCGUACAGUCCUUAUUCGUCACCCUACAAUAGGUAUGGAGGUUACGGUUCCGGCAUGUAUGGUGGCAUGGGUGGUUAUGGUGGCAUGCCCGGCAUGUACGGCGGGAUGUAUGGGGGAAUGCCUGGCAUGAUGCCAAACGACCCGAACAAUCCCAAUAGUUUGGCCAAUCGUGUAACCGAUAGCACCCAAGCCACCUUUCAGCUGCUAGAGGGCAUUGUUGGUGCCUUCGGUGGCUUUGCACAGAUGCUUGAGAGCACGUAUAUGGCAACCCAUUCGAGCUUCUUUGCCAUGAUAUCCGUAGCCGAACAGUUUGCUCUCUUGCGCAACACCCUCGGGUCGGCUCUCGGCAUAUUCACCAUCAUGCGAUGGUUUCGCACCCUUUUUGCCAAGCUGACUGGCCGACCGCCACCAGUAGACGCUAUGGCACUCACACCAGCAGCCUUCGCCCGCUUCGAGGGGCGCCAGGUACCACCUGGCGCUGGAGGCCAACCCAAGGCUAGCCGGAAACCUCUCAUUUUCUUUCUUCUUGCUGCAUUUGGACUGCCAUAUAUCAUGAACAAGUUAAUCCGAUCCCUUUCCCAACAGGAAGAACGCAAGCGCCUUGAGGUCUCGACUCCGAACGCACCUCUCGAUCCUAACAAUCUCGAGUUUUGCCGUGUUCUCUACGACUUCACCCCCGAAGCUGGCAAUGCUACUCAGGGAGUCGAUCUUGCCGUCAAGAAAGGCGAUUUUAUCGCAGUCCUAAGCAAGAGUGAUCCCUUAGGUAACCCUAGCGAGUGGUGGCGUUGCCGGGCUCGAGAUGGGCGUCUAGGAUAUCUACCAGCAACGUUCUUGGAAGUGGCUAAGCGACCUGGCCAGCCUAUCGCUGCUAUCAAGGCAGCCCCGAGCGAGCCCGCGUCAUCCGCGAAGGCUAGCGCCACGCCGCCAGUCGUUACCAGCAAAGCAGGGGAUAUUUCUGCCGAGAGCUUCCAAAAGUCACAGUUUUAUUCCUAG